GGCAGCGUGUGUCGCUUUGGGACACACCGUCCCUCGCCACACGUGAGUGACAGUGAACUUGGCGAUUUUUCAUUUUUCAUCCACCACCAACGGGCCCCACCCUCCACACCCUUCCGUGGAUGGUGCGAAUGGUCAGUGGGAAUGGCGAGUUCCGUGUCCUUCACUCCCCAAAAAAUCGUUCAAAGAAACAAAUGACCACCCCACACUCUCACACACAAGCCAAAUCGGUAGUUAGUCGGUUAGACACUGUGUGGGUUAUGUUGGUGCUCGGCACAUUAGUAUGGAUGUAUUGUGAUUAAGUACAGUACCGAUCCCGGUUGUCGGUUUUUGCGGUGUCGGAAAAUUCAAACCAUUUUCCGGCCCUUUCAGUCGAGUCGCGAAUGUCAUUUCGGGCUGCUGCUGUUGUGACAGUUCGUGCUCGCGAAUCGAUCCUCCCGGUAGCGGGAAACCCGUGGUUGUACUCGUGGUGCAGUGUUUAAUAGGCGGUUAAUAUUUUCGCGAAUUCGAAAUACGAUUAAAUAUUUAACGUUAAAAUCAAACCAAUGCAGAAGCAAGAUGAAUUCGUUCGAAACAUUGUGAUCACAGUGCCACAAGGUAAUGGUGAUGGUAUCCGUGUGUGGAGAAACAUUUUUAUCUUUAAAAAAAACGCUCAAGCACCGUGAUUUAUUCAUCACCCAUUUUUUCGGGUUCAAUAGCACCGAGUGAAAAUACACCCAGCCACACUGCACGGUCAUUUCCUCUCAACCCCCAGUUUUGGUGAACUUGAUCUUGAUGGGCACCAGCAUCGGCAGUCGAACCUUAUGUUCAAAUGUGAAGGUCGUUAAGAUUUUGUAAGAUAUUUAAACUACGACAGCACAGAAAGAUCGCCAUCGUUCAAAGAGCGGCGUCGAAUCCCGGCACACAACCGUCCAUUUCCCCCGUAACGUAUUUCCCCCAUGCUUCUACUCGUUUGGCUUUCCACCUGGGACACACUGUAUGUUGCGACGCAAAGCAGGAAAAGAGUAUGUCGCUGUAAAAAUAAACCCACAUCAGUCUACGGUGGCCAAAAAACACAAUAACGGUUCGGGACGGAUUGUGGGCCGAUCAGAGUUUUCCACUACACCUCAACAACGUCGCGCCAUACAUGCAAUCCCAGAUGGUCAGUCUACCAGACAGUGAUCUACACACGAAGUGCGGUGGGAUGAGCUGCCUUUUAUUGUACUGAUCUCCCUGUAGAAUCGGUGUCCCUCUGCCAAAUACACACCGAAAGCGAAAGCGUCCGUCCCGAAGUGAACGAUCGACACUUUCAAACAAGUAUCUUCGAUGAUGAUGAAAUUCAACGAUAUUGGUGAUGCUAUUUACUUGUACGAUAAAGUUGUUUGUUGUGUUUUUACGGUUUUUUGGCAAGCAACAUUUAUCAAACUUAACGCACAUUAUGCCUCCCCUUCGGUAGGGUGGUUUGUAAUUGGCAAGUGUUCGCAUUCUAUCGACCCUACAGCCAGAUUCCUUCCACAGAGUGUGUAUCAUCGAUGACACCGGAUUCGCUUCGGUAAUAAUGCAAUUAUGUACGUGAACUAGUGGUCUGAACGUAAGAAUAGUGUUUGAAUCUGGAUGAAAAAUAGUAUCUGAGUGGAUAACAAUUGAAAAACGAACUCUUUUUGGACCAAAUUAAACAGAGGAACAGAGCUUCUCUGGAAUUUUUCUUCAUGGCCGUGAAAGUGUUUUCCACAGCGACAGUGUAAAACGAUAGUGAAUUUUACUUUUAUUGUGCAAAAAAAAACGAUCCUUCCCCCACUGAAGAUAGUAUUAUAUGUAUGGUCGUUACACGAAGGACCUAGGAGAAUACGCCAAAGAUGAAGCGCGAAGACUCAGGCUUCUUGAACGACGAAGAAAAAAAGAUGAUAAAGCAAGAAACAAGAUGGAAAUCGUUGCAGGAACUGUUGGAUGUGCGAGACAACAAGUUCUUCAAGGCGGCCUCGUGGCUGUGGCGUAACACAUUCGCCCGACUCGGUGAAGACUGGGUGUUCCUGGCACUGUUGGGCAUCAUCAUGGCGAUGCUAUCCUACGUGAUGGAUAAGGGCAUCUCGAUGUGUACGAACUCACGCGUCUGGUUGUACCGGGAUCUCACCAACCAUCCGGUGGCACAGUAUCUCGCCUGGGUAUCGCUCCCGGUCUGUUUGAUCCUGUUUUCGGCCGGCUUUGUGCAUCUGGUCGCACCGCAGAGUAUCGGGUCCGGUAUACCGGAGAUGAAAACCAUCCUGCGUGGUGUAGCGCUCAAGGAGUAUCUCACCUUCAAGACGCUGGUCGCGAAGGUGAUCGGUCUCACGGCCACGCUCGGCAGCGGGAUGCCGCUCGGCAAGGAAGGUCCCUUUGUACAUAUAGCUAGUAUAGUAUCGCAGCUGCUAAGUAAGAUCAUCACAUCAUUCCAAUCGAUCUACGAAAACGAAUCACGCAACACGGAAAUGUUGGCGGCGGCAUGUGCGGUCGGUGUCGGGGCCUGCUUUGCCGCACCGAUCGGUGGCGUACUGUUCAGCAUCGAGGUAACGACGACGUACUUCGCCGUACGCAACUAUUGGCGCGGAUUCUUUGCAGCCGUCUGUGGGGCCACUGUCUUCCGGUUGCUGGCGGUCUGGUUCCAGAAAGCGGACACCGUGACCGCCAUGUUUUCGACCAACUUUACGUCCGAUUUUCCCUUCGAUCCGCAGGAGCUUUUCGUGUUUGCUCUGAUAGGACUCGUCUGUGGCUUAGGUGGUGCCUUGUACGUAUGGGUACAUCGGAAGUACGUACUGUUUAUGCGCUCGAACAAAAAGAUGAACAAAUUUCUUCAAAAAAACCGUUUUCUGUAUCCUGGUAUUGUGGCACUUAUUGUGGCCACUCUUUCAUUUCCGAUCGGCUUCGGUAAGUACAUUGCGGGUGAGCUGAGCACACACGAUCAGGUGCACCAGCUGUUUUCCAACUUUACCUGGACCAAACACGAGCUCACUGUCGAACAGGCGGCCGUCGUAUCGAACUGGCGCACACCCGAAACGAACGUGUUUGCUAACCUGAUUAUUUAUUUACUGUACACGUUCUUCAUGUCGAUCAUUGCCUCAACCAUUCCCGUACCGUCCGGUAUGUUCAUACCCGUGUUCAAAAUUGGCGCCGCAUUUGGACGUAUCGUCGGUGAAGCGAUGCAUCUUUGGUUCCCACAUGGCGUACGGUAUGGGGGCAUGCUGGCACCGAUCAUUCCCGGUGGCUAUUCGGUAGUUGGGGCGGCUGCUUUCUCCGGUGCCGUCACACACACCGUGUCCGUCGGUGUGAUUGUGUUCGAGAUGACGGGCCAAAUAACGCAUAUCGUGCCGGUCAUGAUCGCGGCCCUCAUCUCCAACGCGGUUGCAGCACUGCUCCAACCGUCCAUGUACGACAGUAUCAUUCUCAUCAAAAAGUUACCAUACCUGCCCGAUCUACUGCCGUCCGGUUCGGGCAUGUACAACAUUUACGUGGAGGACUUUAUGGUGCGUGACGUGCGCUACAUCUGGAAGGGAAUCUCGUACCAGCAGCUGAAGGAAAUUCUGAAAGCUAACAAAAGUCUCCGCAGCUUACCGAUCGUCGACAGCCCGGACAACAAGGUGCUGCUUGGUAGCGUGCAGCGUUACGAACUGAUCAAGAUGAUCGACAAACACAUCGGGCGCGAGAAACGGCUCGAAGUGGCGGCCAAGCUGAUGAAGGAAGCGGAGGAGAAGGCACGCGAAGAACAGGAGCGUCAGAAACGUGAAGCCGCUGAAGCAUUAAAAACGCGCCGUCCGUCACGUUUCGAGGUCGUUCCUGCGCCGGACAUUUUGAAACUACGGGAGCGAGCCAAUAACGAAAUGCUACCACCCCAAGCGCGCCGAGAAUCGAACGCAUCCGUUACCGGCGGUCCAGUUUUUGGUGGUACGCAGCCGAAGAAAUCGAUCCUCAAGAAAACGAACUCCUUCACGCUGAAAGGCUUCAGUCCGCUGUCUCCGCACAGUCCAGUCCAUACGCCGUACACGACAAUCACUGGUACAGAGAGUCGCAUUCGGUCUGCGUUCGACAUCAUCUUCCGCAAAUCGGCUACGUUGCAGGAUGUUACUCCCGAUCCGGAAAUUGGUUCGAUCGGUACACCGAGCAUCGUCGGUUCGGAAGGUGCUCCACUAACGCCUGGCAUCUCAAAGAAGGUGCAACUGCCACGGGAACGCGUUAUCGAUAUGUCACCCGAGGAUCAGAAGGCUUGGGAGAUGGAAGAGAUGGCAAAGGCGAUCGAUGUCGAUCAUCUCCAUAUCGAUCCGGCGCCAUUCCAGCUUGUCGAGCGUACAUCCAUCCUGAAGGUUCACUCGCUGUUCUCGAUGGUGGGCAUUAAUCACGCGUACGUAACCAACGUUGGUCGUCUGGUCGGUGUGGUGGCUUUGAAGGAGCUACGAACGGCAAUUGAGAGUGUAAAUAAUGGAACACUCACACCAGAGUCAGUUAAAGCCAAGCAGGAAGAGGAAGCACGUGCACUUGUCCAAAAAGAAACCGACAACAACAACGGCAUUUCGGCGGAAGAUCCUCUACUCCCAAAGAGACCCGGUGACACGUUUAGUGACAAAAAAGUAAAUAACACAAUCACCUCGAUGGAUUCGGCAUUGUCCAACUCGGACAACUGUUCGGACAUUGAGCUAGAUAAUAUUAACAUUGAUCACGGUGAUACUUCUACCACUAACGGUACCAACAGCACCACCAAGCCACACACCAACAACCAUUCCAGUCAACAGCAGUAGUGGUUGAUUGUGGCGUUGGUAGCAAAAAGAAUUGUACAUGUAGCAACUAUUAGCAAUGCCCUUUCGCCGUGUUAAGAAGGGACUCAACCAGGGAUGUCAAGUUGUUCAAGCACAGAGUGUUAUUCAACAAUAGCAACUCCAACUCGUGCACUAUUGCAAGGCUUCAAACAACAAAAAGACACUACGAUCACAACAUACACAGAUGCACAUGCAAAACACCCACGGCACUACCAAAUAUACUGGAAAAUGGAUCUCAUUAUGCCACGCGAAAUAUCACAAAACAACACCGACAUCAACCAACAACACUUUAGCAUCAUACAAAUCUACUGCAAGCACAAGAGUCGAAAUUAAUGUGGAACGACUUUAAACAAGAGUAAUCACGUGAUCCGUACCAGUCCCGUCUCACCGACCAUGUAAUGUUGCAGGAAAUGCGCGCUAAGAUUUCUUUCAAUGUGAUUGUACUUUAAGUGAUAUGACUUGUUCCAGCGUGUGAGUCCUUUGAUUAUAUAAUAAUCGAACAUCAAGCAGCGCCCUGUGGCAAACGUACAUGGCUUACAGGUGAGAAAGGCGACAAACGAUACAAAAGCGCCCCAAUAUCAUCCAACAGUACACGAUCGAUACAACUCGAGAUGGUGCGAUGUUUCUUCAUGCCUGUGGUCGUAGUGAUUUUAGUGCCAAAUUCUAAGAAGAACAAAUAGUUCUCUAAUCGGAAACCAUGUAAAAGCCGUACGGGGUACCGCGUGUGUCACACCCUGUGGUAAUGCACAAAAUCGGUCCGUUUCUUGUUCUUUGCUUUAUGUUUGUGCCUUAUCGUUUCGUAAUUUUAAAAACAAAAGUAAAUUAUUUUACCAACCGCUCCGAUUGAAGAACUGACCGAAACCGGAAGAAAACGAACACGUGUACACGGGAAGUAGAUGUGAUACACUUGGGCGUCGGUUAGUAUAGAGAAUCGGAAUUCUCCUGCCGUGUUGUGAAAGAUUUUAAUUUUAUUCUAGUAGCGUAAGAUAAAGAGAGAAUGUUGUAUAAAGAUGAACAAAAUAAAAGACACAAAAGUAUAGUAAUUAA